UUCGGUCGGUGGUGGGUGUUCGUCGCUCCGUCUCUCGCCACGGACGUUGGGCUCGGUCCUGUUGAGUCCGGCGCUACGUUGCUGACUGUCGCUAUGACGUGCCUGGGACGCAGUCCCUUCACGACGCGAGUGCCUGUGGCGAAGGAUCGCCAGUGCUGACGAUGGGGAGUGCUUCAUGCCAACAACUAGGAUUUAUUAUAUAAAUUUGAACCAUCGAUUUACAAUGGGAAAUAUAAGAUACAACACAGAUGAAUAAUAUAUUAAUCACAUUAAAGUUAAUAAGACAAAUAUGUCUGAGGGAUAAAUUGACCAAUAAGUAGAUAAAUAAAGUCUUUCCUCCCCCCCCCCUAGUAAAGCAAAUAAUCAGGCAAGAAAGAGCAAAACAACUGGGGGGAAAUAAAAGAACUAAUUAGACUUUCCAGUGGGCCGGCCGGGCUAGUCUCAACCCCAACUCAAACGUCCAAUUAAAACUUGGCAAAAGGCAAAUACCAUGAACAAGUGACUCUGGGUGUCUGGUGAGACGCUGGCAGGUGUUGUAGAUGCUGGCUAGAAGGAUGAGUUGUGAGGGAUAGAGGUUAGAUAACGGGUGUGAUGUAUCCUCAACUUGUACUGGACACGCUAAGAGCGUUCAUCCCCGUCUACCUCGUCUUAUUCUGUCAACCAGCAUGGACGGCAGAUGACA